ACAUCAAACCACGUCAUCCCAUCCUCCUCUUUGAAACCCUUCUCUCUCCUCCAGUGUCCAGACCACCUUUGCUUUUUCUCUGUUUUCGCUCUCUUUAAUCACAUUCUCCCCUUUUCCCCCUUUUUCCAUUUCUAGGGUUUUCGCCAUUUUAGGAGAGCGAAAAAUACAGUGAGGAGAGAGAGAAAAAAGCAGCAGCCAUGGGUUCGAUUCCCGACCCGGGCGAGUCGACUCAGUUGAACUCACCGAGCUUCGAGGAAUUCCAGAAGCAGACCUCGUUGAUGACGUCUUGCACUCUGCUAUGGAAGGAGCUCUCAGAUCACUUCAACACUCUUGAGGAAGACAUUCGCCGCAAAUCCGAGGCCUUGAAGCGCAAAAUCCAAACCCUAGAUCAUCAAACCAAACAGUCCCUUGAAGUUCUGAAGAAGAGAGAGGUAACUAUCGAAGGCUCCGUCGAGAUUGCAAUCGGCCGAGCUGAGGAAUCCAAGAAGGUCGCAUUGAGCCUCGGAGUUGUUGAGGAGAGAGAAAAUGUCCGAGUAGGAGAAGGAGAAGUUGAUGAUGGUGAGGGUUUGCUCAUGAAAUUGAAGAGUUUUUGUAUUUGGAUGGAUUAUGAAGGAUUUUGGAGGUUUGUCACUGUUAGGAAGAAGGAGCUGGAUUUGCUUAGGGCUAAAAUUCCUGUAGCUCUUGCUGAUUGUGUCGAUUCACCCAAGUUCGUGCUCGAAGCGAUUUCGGAGGUGUUUCCGGUUGAUAAGAGGGCUGAUAAGAGUGACAGAGUCAAUGAUUUGGGUUGGGCAUGUGUUUUGCUCUUGGAAUCUCUUAUUCCUGUUGUGGUUGAUCCAGUGGUUGGGAAGGAUCGUCUGAUUGUCACUCCAAGUGUUAAAGAGAAAGCUGAGGGUAUAGCCGAGACAUGGAAGAGGAGUUUGGAAGAGCGCGGCGGCAUCGAAAAUGUUAAGACCCCUGAUGUGCAUACGUUUCUGCAGCAUUUGGUUACCUUUGGGAUUGUAAAGAAGGAGGAUGUUGGUCUGUAUCGUAGGCUUGUUGUUGGCUCUGCUUGGAGGAAGCAGAUGCCUAAGCUUGCUGUUUCUCUUGGUUUAGGUGAAAACAUGCCCGAUAUGAUUGAAGAGUUAAUAAGCAGGGGACAACAAGUUGAUGCUGUUCAUUUUACUUAUGAAGUUGGCCUCGUAGGUAAGUUUCCACCUGUCCCACUGCUUAAAUCCUUCCUUAAGGAUGCAAGAAAGGCUGCUGCUGCAAUUUUGGAGGACCCAAACCAUGGUGGACGAGCUGCGCAUCUAGCUAAUCGGAAAGAGCAGUCUGCUCUCCGGGCAGUUCUCAAGUGCAUAGAAGAAUACAAACUUGAAGACGAAUUUCCCCAAGAAAACAUCAAGAAGAGGCUUGAGCAGUUGGAGAAGAAUAAAACUGACAAGAAGAAAAGUGCACCAAUACCUGCAAACAAGAGAACUAGGGUCUGCAACAAUGGUCCCAUGCCUCCAGCCAAAGCUGGCCGGUCGACAAAUGCAUAUGUAUCUUCAUUUGCACCAGCUCCUGCAUAUGUUAGGUCUCCUUCACACCCCCAGUACCCAGCUGGGGUUGCGCCUUAUCCUUAUGAUAGACCUGCCCAUGUUAUGUAUGGAAGCAGCAGUCCUCCAUAUCACUACUCACCAGAGGCCGCCCCGCCGCCUGCUAUGGCUGGUCCAUACUCUGGAGCACCUAUUAGUUACCCUGCAUAUGGCUACAACAAUGGGAUGGCGCCGACUUAUCCACAGGUUUACUACUGAUAGGUAACCGGUCUUCAAUAACCAUGAGACUAGUAUGGUAACUACAAUGACCACGUGAUGUCAAAAAUGGUUUGUCUGUAAUCACUAACCUUUUAAUGGUAGCGAUGUGUGUGCUUAUUACGAUAAAUUCUGUAUUUUCUAAUGUUAAUCAAACUGAUAGCUCUAGGUGUUGUGAAAUAGUAACUAGGAUGAAGUUUUAAUGAUAUUUAAGGGCAUAGGUGAACCCUGUUUUUAGUAGUAGACUGCUCUGCCGAUGCUUGUGACUUGAGAGUCUGGGGCAAACUUGGCCAUGCAGGUGUGCUUUCUUGUAGAUGGAUUGUGUAUAUGCUAUAUCUUACAGCGCUAGUUGCCACUGAA